AUGACAUAUUCCUCGGCACCUUUACCUCCUUCCCAUGAUGAAGGCCAUGAGUUGCAACGACGAAAUUCAAAAGGAUUCCAAAGGUUGGAUUCAACUGAACCUUCUCGUUCAGGUACACCGCAGAAUGCUAAUUAUUAUUCACCACCACCAGGACAACCUUAUUACGGUACACCACCACCCGGACAACCUUACUACGGCACACCACCACCCGGACAGCCUGUUAACUAUGGACCACCACCUGGAGCACAACCUUAUUAUGGCCAACCACAAUAUCCUUUGAUACAAUCCAUUGAAGUCUUACCUCCUCGUGGCUACAAUCGACCACUUUAUUUAAGGUUACUUAUCGGCCCAAUUCAAACACCUAUUUUCAGUUAUAUUUCUGCCUUGGCAAUGGCGGCUAUGUUAAUUUAUGAAUUUGUUAAAUAUCACAACUUGACAGGAGGUGUCAUUCAAACUAACCCUUUUAAUCCGAUGAUUGGUCCAAGUUUUCAGGUUUUGGUAAAUAUAGGAGCACGUUUUACACCGUGUAUAAGACCCGUCCCUAGUUUCCCAGAAAAUACCUCGAUCGGUAACUGUUACGCCAACGAAUCUUCUACCUGCAGCGUGCAAGAAUUAUGUGGGUACGAGAGUACACCCAAUCAGAGUUUCCGUCUGAUUUUGCCUAUUUUCAUGCAUGCUGGUGUCGUGCAUUUCUUGAUUAAUAUGUUGACACACUUAAGAUUAGGUGUAGAUCUUGAAAGAGAGUUAGGUACGCCUCGAUACGUUGUAUUAUAUAUGGCUUCGGGAAUUUGGGGCUUUGUAUUAUCAGCCAUGUUAUCACAAAACUUAAGCGCAUCAUCGGGUUGCUCGGGCGCAUUAUUUGGGCUGAUCGGCUACAUGUUUAUAGACGUGCUAAUCAACUGGAAAUUUUUGCCACAUCCUGUAAGAGACUUGAUGAGUUUAUUAUUUUCAACUAUCAUUUCUCUUGUUUUGGGCUUAUUGCCAGGUUUAGAUAAUUUUGCUCAUAUUGGUGGUUUUGCUACGGGACUGCUUAUAGGAAUGGUAAUUGCACCCAUGCGUCCAAAGGCUACACGAAAUAUCAAAAUAGCUACUUGGAUUGUACGGGCUGUGGCUUUAGUCAUUUUGGUUGUAUUAUUCGCUAUUUCAAUCCGCGAGUUUUACUCAGCCGAAGAUCCAAGCAAAAUUUGCCCGGAUUGCAAGUACCUUUCUUGCUUACCUGUAAACAAUUGGUGUGAUCCUGUAUAA